UCGAGCGGCACGCGCUCCCCGUCGCAGCGAGUGCGCGAACGCCGCUCACGGCUUAUCGGCAGACGCGCCGAGGCUCCGCUUCUGUGCCCCGCGCGCGCAUCGUCCCCGCGCGAGAGCGGUGGACCAGGCCCGACGGGCCGCGACGAGGAGCGAGCGCGCGCGCGCCCCGGCAGCGGCAGGUGGUGGCUGGUGCGUGCGCUGGGCGAUCGAUAGGCGAGCCACGAGUGUGCGUGCGCGGGUGUGCGUGUGUGUGUGUGUGUGCACGCGAGGGAGAGAGCGUGGGAGGGCGAAAACAUCCCAGACGCCGAGGCAGCGCUCGAGGGAGCUUGCAAGCUCGGCGCGGAGGGAGCGCGCGCGAGCGAGCGAUGAGGCGCUCGCCAGGCUCGAGCGGCCACCUCGAUCGACUCGUCCCCCGCAGCCAGUGACAAUGCCGUCCUCGUCGGUCACCUAGGCGCUCGCCGAGAGUGCGCGCUCGCUCGUUGUCUCGGGUUGGCUGCUGGCGGCGCGAGUGCGAGUGCGCGUCGGGAUGAAGGAGCACAAGGAGGCCAAGUCGGGCCCGCGGGAGGAGGUCGGCGGCGGCGGCGGCGGCGGCGGCGGUAGCCAGCCGGCCAAGGCGCUCAAGAGCCUGCUGAAGAAGCCCGGCGAGCGGCGGGCCAAGGGCCCGAAGAACCGCGUGGUGAUCAACGAAAAGAUGAACGAGUUCUUCGCCGCCGACUACAUUAUCCUGAUCAAGGAGGAGUGCUGCGCCGAGUACGAGGAGGAGUGCGACUGCUGCUGCCAAGAGCACGAGAUGAUCCGGCUGGGCAACUGCAAGGAGUGCCGCGCCGAGCUGAACCUGCGCUUCAACGACGAGGACCUCGACUCGGAGGAGCUGGACUCGGACGAGGCGGACGACGACGAGCACGACCACACCAUGUGCGGCCGCGACGCCGCGGCCAUGGUCGAGGUGGACAAGGACAAGCCGCUCACGCCGGCCAGGCGCCAGCAGCAGCGCGAGACGCUCAGCCCGCCCGAGGGCUACAAGGACUUGUGCGUGGCCGCCCAGGCGCAGCAGGAGCUCGACGACCGGGAGGAGACCUGCGCAGAGUGCGACUUCUACCAGCGGCAAGCAGAGGCAGCGGCGGCGGCGACGGCAGCGUCGAACAGCACCGCGAGCGGCGGCGAUGCGGCGGCGAGUAACGACGAGAAGGCCGGCCCCAAGCAGCACAACGCUCGCGGAGAAGAGCAGCAGCAGCAGCAGCAGCAGCAGCAGCAGGCCAACGGCGCGCAACCCACGAUCGAUCAUGCCCAGCAGACGACACCAGAUGUUCAGCAGCGAUACCUCGUGGAGACGAUAACAAUGACGACGGUGACCGAGCGUCGCAUCGUUCGCGAGAUCUCCGAAGAGGAAAGUCGACCAGCCAACAAUAACGCGUCAAUCGACGAAGCAGAUCACCCAGCGAUCGACGCCUCUCAAAAUGACACUCCGAAGAACGGCGAAUUAAAGUCCGACGGUGAGAAGCCCGCCGAGUUGAGCCUGGCGUUCAAGCUGGCAUCGAAUAGCUUGAAGCCCAACUCGGCGGUGCGACAAUUAUUCCCAGAUCCGCGUUUCAUCUCACCGCCACCUGCACCGGUGAAAAGCGUAUCAUUCGAUUUGGACGAUUCCGGUAUGGACAACGGGGAAGGCCAAAAAUUGUCGAAUGGUUUGAGGAUGUUGGAUGCGGCGGGCGACGCGUCGAUCAAACGAACCAUCGAGAGAAAUGCCUUGAGAAGGAGCCUCUGCAAGUACGACACUGGUAGUUUGAAGAAAAAGAGCUUGAAGAGUAAGGAUCUGUCGCUCGAGGAGAGAAUACGACAACUGACGUGCGUCGACGAUGAAGAGGACGCCGCCGAUACGAGCACAUCCGAGAAUAAUAAUUCCGGCAAAGUCAUCACCAAUCACCAUCACAAUAACAACAACAGUCUUGGAAUUAAUGGACUGAUGUCGGGAAAAACGCUGGACGAAGGCGAGGAUCGUCUACUGAUGCCGAUGCACCAGCUACCAGCCAGGACUUCGCCUUCGGGCGAAGAACGACCAAAGGGUCACGUUGUCCAGUCGCAUCAUCAUCAUCACAACUCGGCGUACAAGAAGAUCACCGAGCUGUUCGGCCCGAAGAAGAACGCCUCUAACGUGGAACUGAACCUUCCGGACAUCGGCCUGGGUGCCAAACAAGCCAUGGCUAUGAAGUCAAGUCAGAAACUGAGUUCCGAGGCGAGGAAGCAGUUCCUUGCGAGCUUAGCUCCACUUUCGUGCGUCGCGUCGAGCGGAGUCGACGGAAGGGAUGAUUACUACAGAAUGCCCUCGAAAGCCGGCGACAGGAACUCCGUGGGUUACAAUUCCGACUCUUCGUACAGUUUGGAAGACAUCGAAGAUGCCCUGCAAGAAGGCAUAGCUGCACCACCCGACGUGACCAGAGGCACGCCAACGUCGGUGGGCCCGUCGCUCGACUCGUUUGGCCAGGACGCCAGCGACGAAUUAUUGGCGUUCGUCGAGCAAGAGAAGACGAGAACCGAGCGCAUCAAGAGGCGGUACGACGUCGACGAGAAGAGGAGCGACAACAACGACAGCUCGAAGAAUUCCAUCGCAGCCGAGGAGGAGGAGGACGAGGAUGACGAGUUGAACGAUUACGGAUUCAACCGACGGCCGUCCGUGCGCGGUAUCAAAGCCCAAUUCGAGACGACCAACGAAAUCGUCCGACAGCUUCGAACUCGCAGCGCAGCUGCGACUUCGCUACCAGAAGCAUGUCGACUGAAUUUCCCGUCGGCGCCGGCGACAGCGACGGCGAUCGAUGACGACGCGGCGUCCUCCUCCUCCGACAUGUACCACCUGCCGUACGCUGCCGACCCGAGCACGGUGUCGCGCAUCAACAGCAUGCAAAAGCAAAUCAACGAGAUCUACCAGAGCAUCACGGAGGGUGGCGUCAAUCUUCUCGAGGCAGCGCGACCCGCGACCUCGUUGUCGUACCUCGAGAGUACGCUGCCGCGCGCGAUGAUACCGCAGGACCAUCGGCACAACGGUACCUUGAGAAUGCUGAGGAUGACCGGCGGUGGCGAUGGAACAACUGCGCCACUGGGCGUCUACAGCACGCUACCGAAGCCGCACAGGCAUCCAGCUGGCUACUCCUACGUGCCAGCUGCUAAUCCCGCGGUGGCCGCCGCUGCCGCGGUGGCCGGAGCCAAGUGUUAUCGUACCAUGUACUUCGUGCCGUAUAACGGGAUGACUGAUCCAACUUAUCAGAAUAUACAGAGGAUACUCCCGCCGCACAAUUCCAGCCCGACGAAUUAUGCCGAUCACGUCGAGAGGUAUCCUUAUCUGAGAAACGGCAGGAUCGAGCAAGGACAACCGCAGCCGAAAUAUUACGUCAGGCCCGCUUCGAUACCCAACUCCCAGGUCGGAGCGCUUCACCUUCACCUCCACCAAACGGAAGAAUUUCGACUGCAGCAGCAUCCACAACAGCAGCAGCAGCAGCAGCAGCACCACCAACACCAGCAGCAGCAGCAGCAGCAACAGCAACAGCAGCAGCAGCAGCAGCAGCAGCAGCAGCAGAUGUCACAACAAAUACCAGUUGUUCC